AUGCAACAUGAAGGAUAUAAACGAAUGAAUUCUAAUAAAAACUAUCUUCAACCUCAACGAUCAUUAUCAUCAUCACGUACAUUAUCGAUGUAUGGUUAUCAUGCAUAUGAAUUCAAACAAUUUACAACAGCACAAAUAUGUCAUGCUUGUGAUGAAUUAAUUGAUUCAAAAAAAUUCCCAAAUGGCAUACGAGCAGUUCAAUGUCGUGAUUGUUCAAAUGUUUGUCAUGAAAAAUGUCGACCUAUAGCAUCAUGUAAACCAUGUCGACGAAUUGGUGUUAGUGGAUCAUCAGAUUCUCAAAUUGUUGUUAAUUCAACUCGAUUUGAAACAGGCAGUGUUACAGGUCCACAACAUCGAACACAUGAAGGUUAUUUAAGAAAACGAGGUCAUUUAUUAAAACAAUGGAAAGAACGAUGGUUUCUACUUGAUUCUGUACGACAUGAGCUUCGAUAUAAUGAUAGUAGUGAUGAUCAAACAGCAAAAGGUGUUAUUAUUUUAGCUGAUGCUGUAGAAAUUCUUCCUUAUACAGGUCCAUUUUCAAAUGCAUUAAGACGAUUUGAUAGUCGAGCUGCUUUUGAAUUGCAUACAAAUCGUCGAAUUUAUAAUUUUAUAGCUGCAACACCUCAAGAUGCUCAAACAUGA